AUGUCACUGUUCGGUGGAACUGCCUCUCAAACGCAUAAUCGAAAUUUAGUGGAGUUUAAAGCUGGUAAAAUGAAUCUACGUGGCAGCAUGGUUUAUCCAGAUAAACGUAAAGGUCUUGUUUAUUUAUAUCAAGGCAAUGAUAUGCUUAUGCAUUUAUGUUGGAAAGAUCGAUCAAGUAAUUCAAUUGAGGAUGAUCUUGUUAUAUUUCCAGAUGAAAUUGACUUUAAAAAAGUCACACAAAAUACAACAGGACGUGUAUAUGUUCUUAAAUGGAGAAGUAAUUCUCGUAAAUUAUUUUUUUGGAUGCAAGAACCAAAAGAAGACGAAGAUGAAGAAUUUUGUAAAAAGAUAAAUGAACUUCUUAAUCAUCCACCAACAUCUGGCUUUGGUGAUGAUAUUAGUGAUGCAAGUGGUUCUCAUCCGUUGCAACCAUUGAUGGAGCGAAUGGCUGCUGGUGGUGGUGCAGGUGGUGGUAUUGAUCCAAAUGAUUUAUCGAAUGUUCUUCGAAACAUGGCUCCAAAUGAAUUGGCAUCAUUACUUACGUCAUCAUUUGGACGUGGUAGUAGAAGGACUGGUUUGAUACAAGGUAUGAAUCGUAGUGGAGGAUCUCCUAGUAGUUCAACUCAACAUACGACUGAUUCUCGUCCAAAUACAGCACCAGCUAGUACACAUGCUACAGGGACAACAGUUACAUCCACUAGUCGUACUGGUGGUUCGUCAUCAAAACCACGUAAUGGUGGAACAAGCUCGUCGUCAUCCACUGCGGCUCCUAAGAAUACUGCUAGUUCAACAGCAUCUAGCGGAUCAAAAAGUGGUUCUAUUCAACUGAGUGCUUUGACAAAUGUUCUGGCUAAUUUGGGUAGUAAUGCAACUCAAACAACUGAAGCAACAGAAACAUCUUCAUCUAACCCUGCUAUUGAUCUGUGUGAUAUAAUGACUAGUGAAAAUUUAGUCCCAUUAUUAGCUAAUAAAGAUGUGCAAGAAAAAUUACUUGCUCAUCUACCUGAAGGUAGUACAGUACCAAAUACAGAAAAAGAAUUAAAAGAAUCAAUUCAAUCACCACAAUUUCGACAAGCUGUUAGUGCAUUUAGUGCUGCUCUUCAAUCAGGUGAAUUAGGACCUCUUCUUGUUCAAUUUGAUUUUCCAGAUGAUGUGGUAACAGCAGCUAAUGAAGGUGAUCUACAAGCUUUUGCACAAGCAUUAGAAAAACAUUAUAAAAAAUCUAAUGAAAAAAAAUCAUCUGACAAUACAAUGGAUACAAGUUAA